AGAGUUAGCGUCACUGAAAAUUCCGGAAACUCGAGCAUAUAUAAGCGGACUGCUGGUCUCUUUCUGUACAAGAUGCUCCGACGCGCCUACGUAACUUUGGCAAUUUUGCUAGCCAUUUCUUCGUUGGCUUCAGCCCAGAAGAAAGUCGUUUGCUACUACAGUAGCUGGGCCAAUUACCGAACAGGCAAUGGUCAGUUCAACGCCACCAACAUUGACCCUUUUCUGUGCACGCACCUCAUCUACGCUUUCAUUGGCGCCAAUACGGACGGCACUGUAAAGAUUCUCGAUUCUUGGAACGAUGUCACACUAAACGGAUACAAAGAUUUCAACAAUUUGCGAUCAAAAAACGCGAAUUUAAAGACGCUUGUUGCGCUGGGAGGGUGGAACGCAGGAUCUGCAACCUACUCAAACAUUUGCAAUAACGUCGCCCUGCGUACAGCAUUCGUGACCAAUUUGUACAACUUUGUUGUCAAGUGGGGAUUCAACGGGCUUGAUAUCGACUGGGAAUAUCCGGCGCAGAGAGGUGGAAUCGCCGCCGAUAAAGCAAAUUUUGCAUCCUUGGUCAGAGAGCUCAGGGCUAAGUUCUCGCCGGCCAAACUGCUUUUGAGCGCUGCCGUUUCUGCAGGCAUCAACAGUUACAGCACUACAUAUGAUUUGCCAUCUCUCGCCGCAAAUCUGGAUUUCAUCAAUUUGAUGACGUACGAUUUCCACUCCUCUGCAGAAGGAAAAACUGGAGAGAAUUCGCCUCUGUACGCCGCUUCAAUCGAUACUGACAAAACUAUGAAUUCGGACGCUACGGUCCAAUACUGGAUUAGACAGGGCGUGGAUAAGAUGAAAAUCGUGCUCGGAGUGCCCCUUUACGGCCGAUCGUUCACCCUGAAAAGCGCGACCUCGAACGGUUUGGGCGCCGCGACUGUCGGUGCUGGCGUUGCAGGAGGCUGGUCGAAAGAAGCGGGACUUUUAAUGUAUUGGGAGAUCUGCUACUAUCAGAUGAGCUUAACCGGAUGGACCGUCCAGUGGAACGUAGCCCAACAAGUACCCUACGCGUUCAGAAGUACCCUUUGGGUCGGCUACGAGAACAAACAGUCGGUCAUGGUGAAGGGCAAAUACGCAAAGGACAACGGUCUGGGCGGAGUCAUGGUCUGGGCUAUGGACUAUGAAGAUUUUCGCAACUUAUGUGGCGGAGGAAAAUUCCCGCUCAUCUCGGCUCUUAAGGCAAAUUUCAUUGCUUGAUUUGAGACUAUUUUAUUUCAUUGGGAUGAUUUGAUUUAUUAUUGCAAUUGAUGAAUUGGCUAUUCUUGUUUAAUUUUAUUGAGUAUCAUGUAAUGGAAUAAGAAAAUUUGACAAUAAAAACAGA